AUGAGUCACCAUUUGAGGCCACAGAGCAGCAGCUCAAAUACAUCCAAAUUUGCAGACAUCCGUGCUAUUGCGGGCCGGCAGAGACAGAUAAUGGAAUCCAAGCUGCUUUCUGCUGGCAACCUCACAAAUCCAUGGUGGUUAUCACUUGCGUGCAAGAACAGAUGCAGUGAACUGUGGGCGAUGGCCGGCGCUGGGCGCAGCCCCCAGAAUCGUGGCCCCCCAGCUGAUCGUGAGGCCGCCUCAGCAGACCACCAUCCAGCUGCCCCCCGGCUUCACUAUCCCGCCCGUUGUCGUCUUCCAGCUGCUCGACGUGCUGGAAACAAAAGAAGAGCCACCUGUCUGAGGGCGACGUCUGACAAACGGGCUGCCGUUAAUGAGGAUGUAAUUGGUAUGGUCUUGGUGCGCACGGAUGCUGGACAGCUUGUAAUGGUGCCUCAGCAGGCUCUAGCACAGGCUCAAAUGCAGGCUCAAGUACAAACGCAGGGACAAGGUCCUACCAGCAUUUCACCUAGACUUUCAGUGCCCACAGCUGGCCCCGUUUUUCGCCUAUCAACAACUCAGCAACCAACUUCUGUAGCCACAUCUACUGUCCGCCUAGGACUUCCAGUGCAAGCCAAAGUUGUUCAAUCAACUGCUGCACCUGUCAGUGCUACGUCUGCUGCAACUCUGCCAGGAGGCUCUAUUCUUUCACAUACCACAGUGUCAGUAGCUACAACGAGUGCUCAAAAUUUAUUCAAGACAACAGUAGCAACUGGAACAUCAGCUUCUCAACAACCUGCAGUAAUUACUGGUGGACAAACUCAAGCUACAGCACAAAACCAGGGUCAGCCUCGGCUGCCACUUCCACCUCAUACAACAGCACAAGUACCAGCACAGCCCCAGGUCAUACCAAGCUCUCCUGUACCUGGAACCACAGUUGUAUCACAGGAAAUGCAAGAGAAUGUGAAAAAAUGCAAAAACUUUUUAGCUACCCUUAUAAAACUUGCUUCUCAUAAUUCACCAUCUCCGGAAACGUCCCGUAAUGUGAAAGCUCUGGUUCAGGAUUUGUUGGAUGCAAAGAUUGAUCCAGAAGAAUUUACAGGCCGCCUUCAAUCAGAACUCAAAUCAUCUCCUCAGCCAUAUCUUGUACCUUUCCUUAAGCAGAUUAUCCAGUCAACAUCUGCUCAAACUGUGAAACGAAACCCUGCUUGCCAGACUACCCAGAUUAGGAUGCCAGUGGUAAUAACUCAGACCAUUAGACCACAAGGCACAGUAGGGAAGGCACCAACAAUACAAGCCAGCAAAAGUCCUGGGGGCUUUGGUGUUCAGGUCUCUGCAAAUCAGAAAAACAAGCUGAAUGACCCUGGAGGUGGUUCUUUCAGAGAUGAUGAUGACAUCAAUGAUGUUGCCUCUAUGGCUGGUGUUAAUCUUAAUGAAGAAAGUGCCCGAAUUAUGGCUGCCAACUCUGACUUGGUUGGAACCCAGAUACAGUCCUGUAAAGAUGAACCCUUUCUUGCUGCUAUACCUCUACAUAAACGCAUACUUGAAAUGGCUAAAAAACUAGGAAUUACUGAUGUGCCAGCUGAGGUGGUCACUUUUAUUUCCCAUGCAACACAAAACAGAUUAAGAACAGUGAUAGAAAAAGUAACAGUGAUAACCCAGCACCGAAUGGAGUCGUACAAAGAUGAUGAAUGGUAUGAACAAGCUACAGAUGUCCGAUCACAGUUAAAGUUUUUUGAACAGUUGGAGCGUUUAGAAAAGCAAAGGAAAGAUGAACAAGAGAGGGAAAUCUUGCUAAAGGCUGCCAAGAGUCGCUCAAGGCAAGAAGACCCAGAGCAAGCUAGACUGAAACAAAAAGCAAAGGAGAUGCAGCAACAAGAACUUGCACAAAUGAGGCAGAGGGAUGCCAAUCUAACUGCAUUGGCAGCUAUCGGUCCCCGGAAGAAACGGAAGCUUGAUUCACCUGGACUGCUUACCAUAGGAGGAGAGGGCCUCGGUAUGUCCGGUGGAAGUCAGGCUGGCUUGGGGACUCCUUCGCCCAGGCAGUAUGCACGACAGAAAAUAACUCGCGUAAACCUCAGGGACUUCAUCUUCUACAUGGAACAGGAAAGAGAAACGAGCCAUUCUCUCCUGCUCUAUCGAGCUCUGCUUAAAUAAAGCCAAGAAUUGUACUGAUUUCUCCAUACAGAAGCUCAACUUGCAUUGAAAAGCUGUCAUUUUAAUGUGCCUUCUAUUUUUUUCAGAAGUCAAUGUUCCAGUAAUUUUGUUUUGUAAAAUUGUCAGACACAUGCAAUAAAUUCC